AUGGCCGGGGCGCUGCAGGGCCGGUGGCUCGUCGUGGUUGUCCACGUGUGUUGCUUCCUGUGGGCUCUGUUUUCCCUCUGCCAGAACGUGGGUCUGCCUAAUUCCGCCCGCAGGGAGAGCGACGACACCUACGGAGGGCGUUGGAAAUACCUGACCUUCAUCAACCAGAUUCUACAAACUUUAUUAUUUGGGAUAUGUGUCAUAAUUGAUGUUGUACUUACAUUCACGACUGCCAAAAAGAAGAGCGUGUCAUCCAGGCUGUUACCGGUGAAAGACUUCAUCUUCUCGGUGCUGGUAUUCCCUGUUGGCUUAUUUGUAGCUGUUACGUUUUGGACUCUAUAUGCAUAUAAUAGAGAGCUUAUAUAUCCUGAAGAGUUGGAUGAGGUUAAUCCAAGCUGGCUGAAUCAUACUAUGCAUACCACUAUACUGCCGUUACUUUUUAUAGAGCUGAUAGCAUGUCCACAUAAAUAUCCUGCUAAACUGAAUGGAAUAAUAGGACUUAGCAUCUUUGGUUCUUCGUACCUUAUAUGGAUGCUUUGGGUAAAUUAUGCCUCAGGUAUUUGGGUAUACCCAAUUUUAGAAGUUCUAGACAUAGCUGGAAAGAUGUUGCUUUUUGUCACUUCCUACCUUGAGUUGUUAGUAUUCUAUUUCCUUGGAGAAAAGCUUACGGCGUUAUUAUGGGGUGAUACUCAAAAACGUAAGAAGCAGGCAUAG